UUAACUUUGUAACAUAAUGCUUAAGACCUAUGAGCUGCUGGUAGGCUAAUAUUGUAGGCUCUGUUCCUUCCUUUUAACCAGCAUGGGUGGUAAAACGAUACACUGAAUUAAGGAUUUCAAAUGGCGAUUUGAAAUUAGGCUACAUCUUGUUGGAACGCGUGGUUUAAUUCCGAAGCAGGUUUAAUUAAAAGUAAGACCUAGUUUGGUUUAUUUUUCACAGACUUCGGGCUAUAGGCUGCACAUAAUCAGUGUGGACAUUCCAGCUCUCCAUCCACGCAGCAUGCCACCGGAGGCUGAGUGGAGGGAGUGUUGGACCAGGACAAGGCGCAGACUGCUCGGAGAAGCCCCUCCCCACAGAUCAUUGCACUGAGGCGAUUGUCCUUUUAACUUCAUUGUGUGAGAGAAGAAGCGACGCCCCGCUUUGCCACUGCAAAGGAUCAAAAGCCCCCUCACUUCACCACGACCCCCAGUUCUGUUCUCAUGGAAAUCAGAGCCUGCUCGCCGGCCACACUUUCCGCGAAGCCGCAAAGUUGAGGCGCAUUCUCAGCCGGGACAACACAUAGUGAUGAUGAAGUCACCAAGGAGCUGAUCGUGUGAUCAAUACUAUUCUAGCCUACGUGCUUUUUACUUUUGGGAAAAUUGUAGAGUUCUUUGCAACAUGCUGGACUUCGCGCGGUGCCUUUGCUUUUGCGCGCUACUUGCGUCCGUUUACGCGGCGUGCCCUUCGCGCUGCGAGUGCUCCGAAGCAGCUCACACCGUGAAGUGUGUUUCCAAAGAUCUCAGGAGCAUCCCGACAGGCAUCCCGAGAUACACGAGGAACCUGUUCAUCACGGGAAAUCAGAUCAGCCGAAUUGGACCCGAGUCUUUUAUUGGACUGGAGAAUGUCACCACACUUUCGCUGAGCAAUAACAGAAUCUCUGAAGUUGAAUCCCAAACCUUCUCUAGUCUCCGCAGCCUGCGCUCUUUGGACUUGAGCAACAACCAGCUGGCUGUCAUCCACCCUGAGGCCUUCACUGUCCAGAACCAGUCUCUGCGUGAACUAAACCUCAGCCGUGCUCUCUACAACCAUUCCUCCGUGAUGGACCUGGCAACCUCUCUGCGCUGGAGCUCCCUGGGUGCUCUGCAAGUCCUGGACCUAUCCCACAACAGCCUCAUCCUGCUCCCCGCUCGCAUCUUCUCCCACCUGACCAACCUGCGCCGCUUGCAGCUUUCCAACAACUCCCUGGUGGCCAUCCACAACUCUACCUUCCAGGGCCUGGAGAAGCUCGAGGAGCUUGAUUUGUCUCUCAACGCCCUUAAAACAGUCCCGGAGGAGGGUAUAUGGGAGUUGGACAACAUCCCGGGAACAAUGCUGGUGCUUGGGGACAAUCCGUUUAUGUGCAAGUGCGGCAUUGAACCCUUCACUUUGUGGGUCAACAGAUCGCAAGCACGCAUUCGGGACGUUGAUGGACUGGUGUGUGCAUUCCCAGUCAGUAUGAGGAAUACGUCUCUGCUAGAGGCGGGGAAGCUAACUUUAGGGUGUCACCAGAGAGAUGCGGGGGGAGAUUUGGCGCUGCAGACUUCGUAUGUGUUUUUGGGGCUCGUUCUGGGCUUCAUCGGGCUCAUAUUUCUUUUUGUUCUUUACCUCAAUCGAAAGGGAAUCAAGAAAAGGAUCUAUGAUAUGCGGGAUGCGUGCAGGGAGGUGUGGGAAGGCUACCACUACCGCUUCGAGAUAGACUCUGACCCAAGGCUAUCACAGGUGUCCACAGCUGCUGAUGUGUGACAUAGACUUUUUAUAAUGCAUUUUAUCGCCAGCAAAUGUAAAAAGUGUACAGUGUAAAUACAUAUAUUGAUAUAAGCAUGUACUGUUAAGUGUUAAUUACUACUCAAGUUUUCAUCGAGGAACAAAUCAAUUUGGUACUGUAUCUUUAAGACAUUUCUACAUUAUCAAAGGGAGUGGGAAUAAAGACAAGUUGGGUUUUAUAUGAAAUAUUUAAAACUAUUGGAAAUGUAAUGUCAUUCAAGAAUUUUGU